AUGGGAAAGCUCAUCAAGAACCACUUAGCCCGUCUCAUCGUCAUGACAGCAGCAACAUAUCACAUCGCCGCCAGCCUCCAUGGGUUCUUCUGGCCUAAAUUCUUCUUCGACUUCUUGACAAAGAACUUCGACCCUGCAGUCAAACCUGUACCGAUACUACAAACCAUCAAUCUCAUAUUCGCCUUCAUAAAUCUGGCUUGGGAAUGGCCGCUUGAGUUUCUCGCUGGAACUGCAAUACACCGCUCGUUGGAGCUGAGGAUACUGCUAUUGCCGCUGUCAAGCUUGGCAGCUGUGUUAUUAUACCAAGGGACAAAUCCCGCAUUGUACUAUCUCAUCGGAUGCGGAGUCUACUUCUGGGCGUAUACAGAAGGCGAGGUACACAGUGUUAUUGUAGCGUUGUCCUGCAACUUACUGACCAAUAUAAUANNGGUGAUAUGUGCGAAGCCUUGGACGUUACCGCGAAGACCAAGCCAUCCGAAGCGAAUAGAACAGACAUGA